AUGUCCGGUUACGACCGAGCUCUUUCUGUUUUCAGCCCUGAUGGGCACGUGUUCCAGGUGGAGUAUGCCAUGGAGGCCGUGAAGCGAGGAACAUGUGCCGUCGGUGUCAAAGGAAAGGACAUCGUCGUCCUCGGCUGCGAGAAGCGCUCUGCUCUUAAACUUCAAGAUACCCGAAUUACGCCCUCGAAGAUCGCCAUGGUGGAUGACCACGUGUGCCUAGCUUUUGCUGGACUGAACGCCGAUGCUCGCAUCUUGAUUGACAAGGCUCGGUUAGAAGCCCAGUCCCACCGCUUGACUGUGGAGGACCCUGUUACCAUCGAAUAUAUCACCAAACACAUCGCUAGUGUGCAACAGAGAUAUACACAGAGUGGUGGUGUCCGUCCAUUCGGUAUUAGUACGCUGGUUGUUGGUUUCGACAAGAAUGACGGCACACCGCGCCUGUACCAGACCGAGCCCUCUGGUAUCUACUCAGCAUGGAAAGCCAAUGCCAUCGGUCGAUCCAGUAAGACGGUUCGCGAGUUCCUUGAACGUAAUCACCAGGAGGAUAUGGACCGGGAGCAGACUAUCCAGCUGACUAUCAAGUCAUUGUUGGAGGUUGUGCAGACGGGUGCUAAGAACAUUGAGGUAGCUAUCAUGGCGCCUGGCCAGCGUGUCGAGAUGCUGCCAGAUGACCAAAUCGAGUCUUACGUCAAGAGCAUCGAGACCGAGAAGCAGGAGGAGGCCGCAAAGAAGAAGACCGCCCGUGGAGGCACCACUUCCGCAGCCAUCCUUACUCGGCCCAGUGGUGAGUCGGCGGAAUAA